AUGAAGAUGGAUCCCCGCCUCGCCGCUGGUGCCUGGCGCCUUAGUGGGCUGCUGGUGGCUGCACCCAGCUAGGUCUGUACCAGCAGGCCCCAUACCCUCAUGCUACUGGACAACCUCAACAUGCAGGACACACACUUGAUGUUCUUCGGCAGCCUGAAGUACCAGGGCAUUGAGCUCACUUUCAAGACCACAGAUGACUCCAGCUUGUCCCUCAUUAAGUACUGGGAGUUCCUCUGGGACAACCUCAUCUUCUCCUCCUUGGUGGAUGACUUUGGAGGCAACAUUAACGUGGAGACCAUCAGCGCUUUUGCUGAUGGUGGUGGCGGUGCUUUGGUGGCUACCAACUCUCACAUGGGUGACCCUUUUCAGGAACUGGGCGGUGAGUGUGGAACUGAAUUUGAUGAAGAGAAAACAGCUGUCAUUGACCAUCACAAUUAUGAUGUCUCAGACCUUGGCCAGCAUACGCUUGAUGACACUGAGAACUUGUUGAAGGCCCCAACCAUUGAUGGGAAGUUAUCUCUGAACGCCACUUUCUUCCUGGGAGCUGGAAUGGCGGCAGACCCUGACAGUCCCUUGGUUCUGGGCAUCCUAACAGGCUCUUCAAUCUGUUACUCCUUCCCAGAUAAGCCCAUCACCCAGUACCACCACACAAUGGGGAAGGGCACUCUUUUGAUCAUGGGGCUCCACACCAAGAACAAUGCCCAGGUUAUCCUCAGUGGCUCUCUGGAUUUCUUCAGUGGCUUCUUCAACUCAGCAGUACAGAAGGCCACACCCGGCACCCAGAGGUAUUUUCAGUCAGACAACUGUGAGCUAGCUGUGGCCCUCUACUGCUGGUUGUUCAAGGUGGAAGGCAUCCUCUGAGUGGGAACUGUGUUUCAUCCUUGGGUGGGCGAGACAGCCCCACCCAAUGCCUACACUGUUAUUAACCUGGUGGAAUACAGCAUUGUGAUUGGCCAGCUCUCCAAUGGCAAGUGACUCUUUGAUGAUGAUGACAAGCUAGAGUUCCUGCACAUGGACCCUGUGGAAAAGACCUUCUUGAAGAGAGAAAGUGGCAAGUUCACUGUCCAGUUCAAGCUCUCCAAUGUGUAUGCUGUAUUCCAGUUUACAGUGGCCCACAACCGGCUAGGCCACACACACCUAUACUCCUCCACACAGGUGUCAGGGAAGCACCAAUCUCUACUGUGCCAGUACCUUCUCCAUGAUGGCUGCCUCUUCAGUGUCUUCUUACACACAAAGGAGAAAUCUGAGUGA